GUAUGGGUGGCCUUACACUCGACUCUCCUCUCUCUCCCGCUUUGCCAAUCAUCCAAACGAAGUUCAGGUCUCUGUUCCACUUCCUCCUUUCCCUCUCAACUCAAUCCAGGAAGCAGCAGAAGCAGCUGCUAUAAACCCAAUUCAAUUUCUCCUUCGCCACUCUCCCUCAUAGACGCGACAGUAUUGACUUCUCUCCCUCUGUCUAUCCUUCUUCCUCCCUCGAGCUUUCUAUCUUCUGGCUAUGGCGGUGGCAGAGCUUACAUCCCCUGCUGCUUCCUUUGCCCACAAUUACAACAACGCCCACCGUCUCCGCUCUUCCCAGCUAUACGUCCCCUCUUCCUCUUGUCUUUCCUCUGAUCAUUUCCGAGCCAUAUAUCGGUCCAGAGUCCUGCCCAGAAUCACCUGCUCUGUAAAUCAAGUUCAAAAUUCGGCUCCGGUUCAGGUGGAAACGCCGAAGGACAAGGCUGAAUGUUACGGCGUUUUCUGCUUAACCUAUGAUCUCAAGGCUGAAGAAGAGACUAAAACAUGGAAAAAGUUGAUUAAUAUAGCCGUCUCUGGUGCGGCUGGGAUGAUAUCCAAUCAUCUUCUCUUUAAACUUGCAUCUGGUGAGGUCUUUGGACCCGAUCAACCAAUUGCAUUGCGACUCUUGGGCUCUGAAAGGUCAAUUCAAGCUCUUGAAGGUGUCGCAAUGGAGCUUGAGGACUCCUUGUUUCCUUUGUUGAGGGAGGUCAAUAUCGGAAUAGAUGCAUACGAGGUUUUCCAAGAUGCAGAAUGGGCUCUUUUGAUUGGAGCAAAGCCCCGAGGACCCGGGAUAGAACGCGCUGACUUGCUAGAUAUCAAUGGGCAGAUAUUUGCUGAGCAGGGUAAGGCUCUAAAUGCUGUUGCCUCCCCGAACGUCAAGGUGAUGGUAGUUGGCAACCCAUGUAAUACCAAUGCUCUGAUUUGUUUGAAAAAUGCUCCAAAAAUACCUGCGAAAAAUUUCCAUGCUUUGACUAGGUUAGAUGAGAACAGGGCGAAGUGCCAGCUUGCCCUAAAAGCAGGUGUCUUUUAUGACAAAGUGUCAAAUGUGACGAUAUGGGGAAACCAUUCCACAACUCAGGUUCCAGACUUCUUAAAUGCUAAAAUCGACGGAAUGCCUGUCAAGGAAGUUAUCAAAGAUGACAAGUGGCUCGAACAUGAAUUCACUGAGAAGGUCCAGAAGAGAGGUGGAGCACUGAUUCAGAAGUGGGGGCGGUCAUCAGCUGCAUCAACGGCUGUUUCAAUUGUCGAUGCCAUAAAAUCUCUCGUGACUCCUACUCCUGAGGGUGAUUGGUUUUCUUCUGGAGUUUACACAAGUGGAAAUCCUUAUGGUAUAGCAGAAGACAUAGUUUUCAGCAUGCCAUGCAGAUCAAAGGGAGAUGGUGAUUAUGAACUUGUCAAGGAAAUACAGUUCGAUGACUACCUCCGCAGUAGAAUAGCUAAGACUGAGGCUGAACUGUUAGCUGAGAAGAGGUGUGUUGCACACCUUACAGGAGAGGGAAUUGCUUACUGUGACCUGCCAGAGGACACAAUGCUUCCUGGAGAGAUGUGAAUGGCACCAACCAGAGCCUCUUGACCAGUAGAAUUCUUAUGAUAUCACAAUGAGACUGCUGUUGUAUUGCCGUGGUAGAUAGUGUAAUUAGUUUACACUGUAGAAAAAAAAAAUUGUAAGUUGUAAGUCUCUAGUAUGAUUAUUGACUUACUGGAUUACACAUUGAGCAUUCCUAUGAUGAGAAUUCACGAGAACAAAGUAAGAUUACUGUCCAGUGUCCAACUGUAACUAGUUAGGAUUCCUGAUCAUAGUUGAUCGAGACAUAUCUGGUAUACUUAUUUACAAUUGGUUAGCUGCAGAAUGAGACAGAAUCGAGGUGGUGAACAUUUCUUUCUUCUGAGCUUCAGUUCCUCUAGUCUGGCGAAAUCGCGGUUUAGUCGUAGUUCAACCGUUAAUACUGCUAACUACCGUCUACCCGUUUAGUCUCUUGUAUUUUGCAGUUGAACCGCAAGUACGGUUCACUAAACAUGGUUUAUAUACCCGAGGAAGGAGCCAUUAACCAACCCUCUACACAAAUGGGCUUAGUAGGAUUAGGGCCGUAAUUUAUCCACUAACACUGCACACUAGCAGGCCCAAAUAGGCAAAUACACCACUAAAGCAAAUUGGGCUUAGCUCGAUUAACAAAAUGAAAAAAAGGAA